UGGUCCAAGUUCUAGUAUCGUGGACAUUGGCCUUUAUAAAUCCGAAGACUUGACACUUGAAAUCUACGAUACCUUAGCUAUAGCGCGUGCGUUCUAUUGGAGCUAAAUAAGCGAUUCUACUCAAUAGAUUAUGUAUUACUCAGUUCCCGUUUAUGUACGAUAAUCGCGAAUAACGCAUUGCUUUUACACACGUACGGUUAAAGUGCAUUUCGUUUAUAGAUCGACGACAUUCGUUAACAGCAAAGACAGGUUGAUUAUCAUAAUCCUCGUCGUACACCACACCUGGGAGUAUCGCGCACAGCCUGGGCCACGGUCAGUCUUGCGGACCUUGCGCGAGGCUUUGCGUGCACUUGCGUGGCGCGUGCAGGUUAUGUGUGCGCUCGCGGUGACAAGAUGAGCAACGUGGACGAAACGUCAAACGAGCCGAUACUGUACGAGCUAUUGGAGUACUUCGUUCGCAAGCAGGAGCCGGAAUUGAUAAAAUGCAAGAACGACGCGGCCAACCUGCCAGCCACUGGCACGAUAAAGAACGCUCUCAGGUACUUCAACAACUGGUCCUUUCUACCCGAGAGCAUCCUGCAGCAAGUCAGUCUCACGCUACCGUGGAAAUUUGCCGUCGGCGAUCGUGGCCGGGUGCUCGCUAUCCUGCAGGAGAACAUCAUUGAGAUACGAAAGGCCAAGGAUGAAUAUUCCUCCAUAGUGGGCAAGGCGUCUGCUCCAAGGGAUGCCUUUCCCCAGUGGCGCAAGCUUGCCUGGAGCCCUGACGGGAUGAUCCUGGUAUUGGCGUCCAGUAGCGGCUACACGUCCUUUUACAAUGCGCUGGGAAACAAUAUCUUUAACAUAAGUCCGAAAACGAUGUCGCAAAGCCCUCAUAUUCUCGAAGCCGGCGACGCUGUAGCGUCCAUGCUGUUCCUUAAGCCGAGGACGACGAGUGAGAGAUGGGCCUACGAGUUUAUUUUAAUUUCGUACGGCGGCCUGCUCAGGUCUUAUCAUGUUUCUACCAGUGGCUUCAGUGUGAAUUACGACUUUUCUUUUGGUAAUUUUUACAAGAACGGUAUUAACGUCGUGGCCUUCGAUGAGAAAUGCAGCUUGUUUUACGUUGCUGGAAAUAUGAUAACGCAAAAAUUAACGUCCACCGCAUCUGAAUCUGGAUUGACUUCGUGGCGACUCUUAAAUGAUUAUCCAUACUGCAAGUUGUCGUUUACAUUUGAAAGUUCCGUCACCAGCAACUCGCGGUUUUCCAUAUGGAAUUUGAUUCCUAUCUUUAGCGGCCAAUCAGAAUCGAUUAUAUUUUCGAUAAAAAUUUCACCGAGCGGCGAGUUUCUGGUAUGCCUGCAUACGGACGGUUCAGUCUCGCUGUGGGGUUUGCCGAACUUAAUACUACAGAAAAAGUGGAAGUUGGCCGAGCAACCGGAAUACAACGUACCUAAUCCUCUGGGGCUUACAAAGUCUAAAAAGUUUCCACUAGGCUUCACAGAAUUUCAUCCAAUAGAUAUCGGUUGGUGGUCUGACCAGGCUAUCAUAAUAGCUCGAUAUUCAGGUUCCACUUCGGUCUGCUCUACAUGGAACUUAAAGAAUCUGCUAGGUGUUAGCCCAGAGUUUCUAGCAGGACAACCGCAAGUGUGCGAGCUUGGUUUAGAGAAAGGAUUUUUAUGUUUAGAUUGUGAAACCUUUAUUACGAGUAAAAAACGAAGUAGAGAGUCCACCAGUGGUCAUUUGUCAGAAGCAUCGUCUGAAAGUGAAAAGGACGACGAUGAGCUGGAGCCUCUUACUAUAUUAAAUUAUACCACGAAUUUGGUACAAAGCACGCUAUAUUCAAUAACCGAUAUUGAAAGAUUUCAACCGAAGAGAAAAAAGUCGAAGGUGUUGCAUCGAACUUACAGAAUUUUGGGCUUAAAAAGCACGACUCCAGAAGAGCUGUAUUCUAGAAAAAUAGACAUUGAGGAAUACGAGGAAGCUUUAGCCUUAGCAAAUACAUAUAAUUUGGACACAGACCUUGUGUAUCAAACACAGUGGAGAAAGUCAGAAUUAUCUUUGAGCGCCAUUGCAGAACAUUUAAGCAAAAUCAGCAAAAGAUCUUGGGUUUUAAAUGAAUGCGUUGUACGCGUUCCUGAUACUAUGGAAGCUGCAAGGGAACUAUUAAAUUUCGGAUUGAGAGGCGCAAAUCUAGAAACUUUAAUAGCUAUCGAUAUUUGCGACAAUGACAAGUUUGUAACUCCCGAUACAGAUUGGCAAGCGUUAGAUGAAAUCACUGUAAGUUUGAGACAAGUGCAGAAAGCCAAUGAGAUGCUUGAACAAAUAGACAUACAAAAUUUAUCCGAGGCUCAGAAAGAUUUAGUCAAGUAUCGGAGGAAGCUUCUAAAUCAUUUAGAUAAAUUGCUUACGUAUGAAAUUAUAUUAGAGUCGCCACUCAAGUAUAAAAAAGAAUUUUACGAGGAGUUUCGAAGAUUAUCACCUAUUGAAAAUGCAAUUAGAUUUGCCAAAGAUGGAGAUUAUCGAGCUGUUGAAAUUAUGUUUACUUAUUACGGAGAAAGUUUGUUGCCUCAUUGGUUAGCAAUUGUCAGCUUCUUUCCAGAAACUCUGAGUACAUUGGAUUAUCAAAAACUGCUACCAGAAUGUGAUUCCGAAGGUCGACUAUUUUUGUUAGAUCAACGUGAAUUACGACAAAAAGAUUGGUCAGAAAAACACGAAUUUAAUGAAAUCAUAAAUCUCGAUUUAGACGAUCCAUCGGAAAUAUUGUAUGAAUUGGAGCCCUCAUUGUUAAUAUAUAGGAAUACACAGCUUACGCCAGAUUUACUACAAAAAUGGUACAAGACACGUGCUUAUGAAAUUGAAAAGAAUAGCUCUUUAGUAGAUAAUGCAUUGCAAUUAGUUAAAAUUGGAAAGUCUCAUAAUAUUAACGACUUGGAAGAUUUGCUAUUGGAAUUGGAAACUUUAGAUGAUCUUGUGUACAUAGUAGAUUUGGAGGAUAUGUCAUUAGAUAAAUUAGAGAAAUUAAGUAAUAUGGAGAAGAUAAAACUUUUAAUGAGUACAUCAAAUGAAGUUACUUUUGCUGAAAAUAUAAAGAACCUUUUGUUGCCUUUUAUUAAACGCAGGCAUCAAUAUUUGGGUGGAGAUCUUCAGAAAUGCUUACUAAGCGAUUACCUAAUUUGUUUAAGCAAAGAUGAUUUGACAUUUCCAGUAAAAUUUUUCGAGUAUUUAAAACAGUCGCAGGACACUGAGAUAAUUGAAAUGAUAGAUGAUGUCGCUACUUUAGCCUUAGAUUGUAUAUAUGCUUGUGAUGAUCUUGACAUGUAUGAGAAAGCUAAGGAUAUCUUAGAUUCGAUAUCGAGCGACGAUGGAACAAGCACAAUAUGCAGUUUAUUAGAAGAGUCUGAAGGAGAACUCGACUGCGUUAGGCUUUUAAGUAAAUACGGUGUAAAAACAACGUUAAAAUUUCUACGAGAAAAUAGAAAUGAUCCUGACGUUGCUAAAUCGCUGUUAACCCAAACGGCACGAAGCUUAAGUAAAAGUGUGCUACCUCCAGAUGAAAGGGAAUGGGCGCAAUUAUUAAACGACAUGUUAGAUAUACAUGGACUAAUCUUUUCGUGUAUCGCUGUUGAGACCUGUUUCGAAAUAUGUGUCUCAGCCCGUUUACUUUCAAGAAUUAAGUGUACCAUUCGUAAUUGUGCGACUUUAAUGGAAACCAAGAAAAAUGAGAAAUCUUUGUUAAAAGUAUCCUAUGAGAAAGCGAUUGAUCUUAUAUUAGAAGCGUCUAAAGAAUAUUUUAAUGGUUCAAGGACACUCACUGAUCCACAUAUGGAAUUAGCUAAAACCUGUCUUGAUCUUAUCGAAGACGACAACGUAAAAAUUAAAGAAGAAUAUGAUCUUAUUAGAUCGCUUCAAAUAUUGAGUGAAUUCAAUGUUGAUAUAUUACCUCUUCAAGUUAGAUUAACAGUGGAUAGAUUAACUUUGAUCGAGCACUGUUUAAGUAACCAUAGAGAUGCUUAUAAAAAUCGACAAAGAUUAUUAACUUUAGCAACUUAUUUACGAAUUGAAGGAAAUAACAAUAGACUUCGUGAAGGAAAGAUUUCAGAACUAAUAGCUAAAAAGGCACUCGAGACUGAGGAUUAUAAUACAUGUGCUAUUAUAUGUUCUCAAUUAAUAAAGAACAAUUAUCUUCCUGCCUGGGAAAUUUGUUUAAAUUUAGGGCGUUGUGAUAAUUAUCGGGAUUUAAAUGAUAGACAAAAGUGUCUAUGGUUUGCAAUAAAUAAUGGUCCCAGUGAUAUAUUGGGUAAUGCUUUAGAACACGUGCAGUUGCUAGAAAUACAAAUGCUACAUCAGAAUUUGAAACUGUGGAUGCCCUCGGAAGAAUUUAAAAGUGUAAAAGAUGAAGAAAGCGAUACGAGCGAAGAUGAUUUUACAGAUGCUAUGACAACGCCGCAGAUAGAGGUGAAAGAGUUUGUUCCAAAAAUGUUGGAAACUUCAACGGGAAUUGUAAAAAGUUCAGCUAAUCUCAUGAAAGAAUCUACAUUCAGCUUGAUAAGAAAUAUUAGUAAUACUAAAUUUUGGAAAUCUAGACUGAAUCUUAAUUUUAAAAACGAUUUAGAAACUAGUGUACAACAUGAAUUUGAGAUUGAACAAAAGGAGGAAGAUGCCAAUCUUCAAUCUUUUCCGUGCUAUUAUGAAUCCUUACAUAAACUAUGCAGAAUAAGCGUUAAUGGGACAAGAUACAAUAAGUAUUCUAUGACAGACAUAGAAAAUACAAAAUUAAAAUGUUGCCGAGCGCUUUUGAGAAUAUCCAUGUUGAGUGAAUCCUCUUGCUAUGGGCUAGAAAUAAGUGACAUUAAUCAUUUGCUUCUAGAAUGUGCAAAGCACACCAUGCCAGACGAUUGGUUACUCGGUAUGGCGUAUCUAUUGAGUUUAAACAGAAAUCGUAUUUUGGAUGCUCAGGCAGUCUUUACGGAUUUGCCGCAAAUUGAAUUAUACGUACAAACUGCGCUUUAUUACUAUUCAUUAGAACUGUACAAGAAAUUGUACACUGAUUUUGAAAAGUUAUAUUUGUACAAUCCAUUAGACUUAAUGAAAGUCAUGAUGGUUGCAGCACAAAAGUCUGAAGAGUGUGAUAUUGUCAAAGCGUUGCAAUAUUGGCAAAGUUACCUACUCGGUGGAGCACAAAUUGCUAGUAUAAAACAAGUGGACUUUAAAGAUAUAAGUGCGUUAGAAUUGGGACAACGCGGUGCUCGUGCACAUCCUACAGAGACUGUGGAAACUCUGAAAUCCACAAAUGAAGAGCAAGAAUCUGUAGAAUAUUUCGAUGUUAAUAAUCCAGCGUCAAAUUCUAAGGCAGAUGAAGAUCUAAAAGUGGCUAUCUCAGACGAUAUUGAUGUAGAAUGGACAGAUGAUUGGGGUGAUUUUUCCGAUGAUAGCAUAGAAGCAAAUAGUGAUAAGGAUAAAAUUAGAUACAAAGUAUCGCAAGAAGAAAUUUCUCCUCUUGCUCACACCGUCGAAUGUACGACAGAGGAAGAGCGAUUUAAAUUAUUUCAAAAACGGUUUAAUCAAAUCAAUAAUUUCGAGCAAUAUCAGGAAGUAAAGACAAUAGUAUCGCAGUGGCCAAAAUUUAAUAUGCCGGAUCAUAUCACCAUAGAUAAUCAUCCAGUUUUAAAAAUGAUGAAAGCGAUAAUUUCGCUUGUAGAAACGAAUACGGUUGAGCUUGAAAAAAGGCUAUUACAAGAGCACGAAGAACUCGUUGGAUUAUUAACAUCUGAGGAGAUCCUCAAGGAGUUUUUGGAGCUCGAGCGAGAUCACAUUACCUUUUUACAAAGCGUUUAUAUAAGAUUAUGUUCUCAGAACGUGUCGAUGCAUGAAGAAGCAGUAAACCUAAUUAAAAACCAACAGGCUGUCGUGCUACCGCCAUUAGUACUGGAGAAACUUUUCCUAAAUGAUUUAACAGCAUUGUUCAGACCAGACCACGUUGUAUACAAACAGAUAAUCGAACAUGUCUUCGUAAACGAAGCCUUAACUGGCAUCGAAGAAAAUGCAAAAAUACUCAUACACGAGUUAAAAAGACAGAAAUACAUACUUGAAGCUAUGCAGAUUAUAAAGUUAAUGGAGAAAAUACCGCCGGCCUUAUGCACAUUCGAUACUUGUUUUCAGUUAUUAAUGCAGGAAUGAAUUUAUCUUACGAUAUAAAAAAUAAGGCUGUGAUGCACGUUAAAACUAAAGGGGAAGUUAGAACUCACGGGAAAGGUAUUUAUUAUAAGUGAUCUUGUUUUAUAUGAAAAUUUUUAAGACGUGCACGCGGUACGGAAUUAAAAAUUGCUUCAGUUGCCAGUUGAGUGUGUUUCGUCGAAAAGUAUAAAAAGGACUGAGACAACUUUAAAUCCUCCUCCCGCAACAAAGUUUUCCGUUACCAUAUUUUGAAGGGUUUAUAUCUCUUUUGUACAUAAGGGGGCAAGAUUUAUUUGUAAAUAUAAAUAGAAAGUACUCGUAAGAAGUAAGAAUAAAUUUGAUGAGGAAACUCAGA